AUGGGUAAACUCGUGAAGCUAAUAGGCUCGGGCAUCGGCUUCACCUCGGAAGCCAUCCAUGCCGCCCGCAACCGCUCGUCCAACCAUGGCGAUCGCCCUUCUUCGUCCACAGCUGGUAGUCUCCCUGAUGGGGGCAGCGAGUAUGUUGUCAUCGACGACAAAACGGCCGACUCGCUCAUCCGUGAGGGAUACGCAGAACUACCGGCCUACCCGGAUGGACGCGCAGAGUUACCCGCCUAUCCCGAGGGGUAUGCAGAGUUACCAGCUUAUCCCGAUGGGUGCGCAGAGCUGCCGGCUGAUUUCAACGAAAAUCAACAGAGCAAAGCCGCUGAAGCAGGCUAUAAUUCGAACGUGGAUAGCGAGUCCAAGAACCCAGAUGACCUAGACCGCGGAGUAAAUCAAGACGAGGCAGUCUGGGAGCUCGACGAGACAGCACAGCAUGUGCGGUUAUCGACAUCUGAAGUAACCGAACCUGCAGCCACGGCUCCAAGCCAGACAGAGGAAGCCAAAGAGGAGCAAAACGAAAACAUGGUUCGUGGUCUUGUACAAAUGGCGGGACCAGUUCAGACGGUGCAGCGGGUUCCGUGUCCCGUGAUAAUUCCUCAACGCAGACCAGGCAACAAGGAUCGGGGGUUUGUGCGAGCGUACGCGCCCGUGCUAGCCGAUUGUGGUAUUGGUCAGGAUGUGUUUUUGAAAUUUCUAGAGGAUUUUUUUCAAGCGAGCAAGGCUUCAGCGUGGAUCGAGGUCGUUUAUAUCGCUGCGGGCAUCGUGGGCUUCUUCCCUGAAACAGCAGCUCAGAUAACAAGCAUCAUCGUUCAAACUGUGGCCGGAACGGCGCGUGAGAUCCAGUCCCGUCAUCGCUCAAACACCUUUCUUGACCGUGUGAACCAAGACCUAUUCAUGCCUCGUGGCCUCUACGCUAUGGUCAUGGCAUUCAAAGAUGAAGCCCCCGAUCAACAGCAGGGGGCCCUUGGCCUACUCUCAGAGAAGCUUGUGAAGUCACUCUUUGGCAUCGAGAAGGUUGAUAUCAACCAGCCAGCCGAGAAACAAACAUUCGAUGCCGGCCCGACUAUCGCGAAGUAUACCCACACCGACGAACACCCAGAAAUGAACAUGGUCAAAAAGCGUUUGAAAAACAUCAGACUGGCCAGCGGUAAGACUCACGGCCAGAUCGAGCUCCCGGAGGCUGCGCCGUUGGUUUAUCCCGAUUUAGAUCGCGCCACGGCAGGGGCGAUGGAGAGCACGGGGAAGGAAUCCGAGGGGACGCGCGAGAAAAUGCAGAGCGCGGGGGCUUGGGUACAAGAUUACAUGGAUAGGAAGGCGCAGGCCUCAUAUGAAGCCAAAAACCCAGGGUCCUCUCUAGCAGUUCCUCAGUCGGGGCGUAAGGGGUUUGUCUCACGAUAUAACGACCCGAAUCACCCGGUGAACAACGGAAAGCUUACCUCGGUGCUGACCGGGGGCCUCAUGGGGAACAAGCCGUGCCUAAUUGAACGGGUUGCGACUUCCAUCAGGGAAUCACAAGACUCCAAGAGAAUUGCUCGCGGUGAACCUCCAAGUGAACCAAUUAAAGAGAAACGGCAGCGAUAUCACCGCAAGAAGAAGAAGCCUGGGUUUGCUAAGAAGGUUCUGCAGCAGGAUGUGCUUUAUCUGCUGAUCGUCAACAUGCCGACCGAGGAAGAGCUGAAGCAAUCGAUUGCUCAGCUAGAACAUCUCAUGGAGCAGAGUGGGCAGCGUCUACCCUCAUACUGA